GUCGGCUGGUGUUUGCCUCUCGGGAUGACCCGGGACAGGUCACGCUCGACGUCGACGUCGUGAAGGAGCUGGGCUGCGCAGGAAACUCAAUCGCCUGACGACAGAGUUCCUUCCGACUGUCAUCGAGCUGUUGGCCUGCAAUGAGGCCAAGACCCGGUUUCUUCAGCAAGAAGCCGACCACUGGGACGUCGCCACUGUCCUCAGGGCUGACCUGGUGCAGAAGGAGGUGGAGCUCGCCGUGCUUUGCUCUUCCAUCCACAAGGCUCAGACCAAUGCCGUGGCGGAGCGGGCCGAGCUAGCGGAGCGAGUGGCACGGGCGGAUGGGCAACUAAGCAUGGCCGUGUUGGAGAACGCGGUCCUUGCGUCGCAGCUGGCCGAGGCCCGCCGGAUGGGCGAAGAGACCCGGUCUACCGCCGCGUCCGCCGCACAGGAGGCUGCCCGCGAGAAGGUCGUCUUGGCGGCGCAGGCGGCGGACCGGGGUGAGGCCCUGGCGAGCUCCCGCCGCGACCUCGAGGCCGUCAGGCAACAAGUCGCCUCUCUUCAUGGCCGGCUUGUCACUGUGGCCACGGAGAGGGACCGGCUUCUGGCUAUUGCCCGCGAUCGCGAUACGGAGCUCACCGCCGCGUGCUCGGAACUUGAAGAGCUGCACUCCCGACGAGCAAAGGAUGCCGCCGUGGUGAACGAGGCCCUCACCCAGCAUGAGGAGCUGAUGGCGCUCACGCAGCGGCUCGCCGAGGGUGCAAUAGGUACGUACCGUGACUCCCCGCCUUGCUUGGCCGUGAAGGUGAUUUUUCUGUGGCGCGCCCUUCUUCUUCCUCUACCCUUUCUCAGGAAAAGUCACGGAGCUCAAGCUGUCUAGCCCGGUGGCUGACAGGAUCCGUCGAGCAAUCCUGGAGAAGGAUGUGGCCCAGCAAUUGCUUAUCCAGGCUGUCGUGCAGACGUUGGAGGCGCUCGAGGUCAGCGACGAGGGCUCGUUGGUCGAGCGUAUCGGCGGACCCCAGGGUUUGCCCGGGAGCGAGGAAUGGACAUGGCCUACCAGCUGGUCCACUGAGUGAUCACCAUGUUCGUCUUGCAAUACCCGGAGAUGCCACACGAGCUGCUAGCCGGUGGGUGGGCUCCCGGACAUGAGGACCACCGAUAUGCUGAAUUUGAAGAAGGGUCUGCCGAGUUCACCAGGGUAGUGCAAGACGAACAUGGUGACGACCACAAGCGCUCCAGGGCAGGGCAACUGGAGUGGAUGAUGCUGUGCAGUGAGGCCUCCGACAGA